CGGCGUUAAGUAAUCUACCGGCCUCAACAGAUCUACCGGCCUCCCACUUUCUCCGGAUAUAAUCCAAGAAGAAGAAGAAGAAGAAGAAGAAGAUGUCUGACUAUUUGGGGAAGAGGAAGAUGUCAAACUAUUUGCCUCCUGAAAUCAUCACGCUCAUCCUCCGGAGACUCCCUGUGAAAUCGGCGGUGAAAUGCACCGCCGUUUGCAAGACCUGGCACGCUCUCAUCAAGCAUCCCUCUUUCAUUUCCAAUCAUCUGCACCAGGCUGUGUCUCUUCGCGACGAUAUUCUCCUUCUCCGAUUCACUAGAGAUAAAAAAGAAUUUUAUCAAUUGCGUCGCGAUAAUGAUGCCUUUGAGGAGUACAAGCAGUUCCAUGUACCCUUCGAGUGUGGUGGAUUUGGGGUUUUUAGAAUUGCUGGUACAUGUAAUGGGCUGAUUUGUCUCGCAGAUAUUUGGAGCAAUUCUUGCAAUUUAAUUUUAUGGAAUCCUUCCAUUCAUAAGCAUUUCACUUUGCCCAAGAUUGAUUUCACCUACAUUCUACCUGAUGAAACCUUCCUAGGUUUUGGGUUUGAUUCGGCAUCUGGUGACUACAAGGUACUUGUAGUUGUGGCUCAGGAUUACGACGAAGAUUUGACUGAAGUUUGGUUGUUUUCCUUAAACCGGAAUUCUUGGACGAGGCUUGGUGAAGUUUGUCCCAAGCAUAGUUGUGGUGGAGUUAGGGAGGCAGCUUUUGUGAGAGGUGUUUUGCAUUGGCCUGGAUUUCUGCAUCGUCGCUUCUUCUCAAAUAUGAUUUUGGCUUUUGAUUUGAGCACCGAAAAGUUUCACGUGAUGAAUUAUCCCAAAACUUUAGUUCAGUUUGUACCUCAAAUGUCCUUGAUCAAAUAUGAAGAAUCCAUUGCAGUGGUUACAAGUGGAAGCGCUGAAGACUUUGACGAGCAACUUGAGUUGUGGGUCAUGAAAGAAUACGGUGUAGACAGUUCUUGGACUAUGGUGUUGCAUUGUAUUGACGAAAAUGGAAAGUUUGUUUUUGAUGCAAGCUUGCAUCAUGUGUUCGGGGUUAGGAAGAACGGGGAAGUUUUAUUGACAGUGUAUGGGAAGGAUAAUGAGAAGGAGCUAGCUACACUGAAUUUGAACUGCCACCAACAGGAACAUAAGCAGCAGCUGAAGUGUCUAAUUGGAAAAGGGAACGGUCUUUAUGAUGUGUUUGUCGGUAGCUACUUGGAGAGCCUGGUAUUACUUGACAAAGGGGAAAAAGAUAUCGAGGGGCAGUCUGAAUCUGAAUGAAAGUGAAAUGACAUUAGCUAGUAAGUGCAACAUCUCUUCUUUUUCGUAUAUUUCCUCUGCAACUACUUAACUGGAAAUGGAAUUAGUUUGAUAUACUAUCCUAGGAGUAUUUCUGUUUCGACUUGUGAAAGAUAAUGUGGUCUCGUUAGAAGGCUCAUGUUAAUGUUCUAUGGCAGACAUAUUUUC